AUGGAGAAAUACAGGAAUGAAGAUAAGUUUCUAUUUCAAGAGGCUUGGAGUGCCCAAAAUACAGUGAGCCCACCUUCCUGGUCCCCAGACAUUUCAGAAGGUCGGGAAAUUUUUAAACCCAGGCAGCUUCCUGGCAGUGCCAUUUGGAGCAUCAAAGUGGGCCGUGGGUCUGGAUUUCCAGGAAAGCGGAGACCUCGAGGUGCAGGACUGUCGGGGCGAGGUGGCCGAGGCAGGUCAAUGCUGAAAAGUGGAAUCGGAGCUGUUGUAUUGCCUGGGGUGUCUACUGCAGAUAUUUCAUCAAAUAAGGAUGAUGAAGAAAACUCUAUGCACACUACGGUUGUGUUGUUUUCCAGCAGUGACAAAUUCACUUUGAAUCAGGAUAUGUGUGUAGUUUGUGGCAGUUUUGGCCAAGGAGCAGAAGGAAGAUUACUUGCCUGUUCUCAGUGUGGUCAGUGUUAUCAUCCAUACUGUGUCAGUAUUAAGAUCACUAAAGUGGUUCUUAGCAAAGGUUGGAGGUGUCUUGAGUGCACUGUGUGUGAGGCCUGUGCGAAGGCAACUGACACAGGAAGACUCCUGCUGUGUGAUGAUUGUGACAUAAGUUAUCAUACCUAGUGCCUAGACCCUCCAUUGCAGACAGUUCCCAAACGAGGCUGGAAGUGCAAAUGGUGUGUUUGGUGCAGACACUGUGGAGCAACAUCUGCAGCUCUAAGAUGUGAAUGGAAGAACAAUUACACACAGUGCGCUCCUUGUGCAAGCUUAUCUUCCUGUCCAGUCUGCUAUUGAAACUAUAGAGAAGAAGAUCUUAUUCUGCAAUGUAGACAACGUGAUAGAUGGAUGCAUGCAGUUCGUCAGAACUUAAAUACUGAGGAAGAAGUGGAAAAUGUAGCAGACAUUGGUUUUGAUUGUAACAUGUGCAGACCCUAUAUGCCUGCGUCUAAUGUGCCUUCCUCAGACUGCUGUGGAUCUUCACUUGUAGCACAAAUUGUCACAAAAGUAAAAGAGCUAGACCCACCCAAGACUUAUACCCAGGAUGGUGUGUGUUUGACUGAAUCAGGGAUGACUCAGUUACAGAGCCUCACAGUUGCAGUUCCAAGAAGAAAACUGUCAAAACCAAAACUGAAAUUGAAGAUUAUAAAUCAGAAGAGCGUGGCCAUCCUUCAGACCCCUCCAGACAUCCAAUCAGAACAUUCAAGGGAUGGUGAUAUGGAUGAUAGUCGAGAAGGAGAACUUAUGGAUUGUGAUGGAAAAUCAGAAUCUAGUCCUGAGCGGGAAGCUGUGGAUGAUGAAACUAAGGGAGUGGAAGGAACAGAUGGUGUCAAAAAGAGAAAAAGGAAACCAUACAGACCAGGUAUAGUUAUUGGUGGAUUUAUGGUGUGGCAAAGAAGUCGAACUGGGCAAGGGAAAACCAAAAGAUCUGUGAUCAGAAAAGAUUCCUCAGGCUCUGUUUCUGAGCAGUUACCUUGCAGAGAUGAUGAGAAUGUUGGACCGACGACACAAGACCUCAGACUUGUGUUAUUCUAGCAGCUGAACACACCCCAGGCUCUUCUGACCGGCAGUGGCUCUGGAAGCAGUCUGGUCUAUAGAGUUAUGGAUUCACUACCAGAUUCUACUGUAUGCUCUGACAACUAUGACCACAAUGGUCCACCCACAAAUGAAUUAUCAGGAGUGAACCCAGAGGCACGUAUAAAUGAAAGGUGAGUUAUGCAUAUGUGUGUCUU